AUGAACGGCAUAGCGAAGACUCCCAGCCAUGUCCACAUCUCCAAGAAGGAGCCGGGCACGCCCUCGCCCAACUACUUCCAGCUGGCCGUUAACGCGAACAGCGACCACUUCUCGUCCAGCGCUGCACAGCACAUUCGCGGCAACUGGAGCCCCCCGACGUCCAAUGUGCGCUCCACGGCAGCUGCGUCGCCUCGCAUAAUACCUGUCGAGCAGAAUCCCGAAUUCGAGCAAUUCAGGAAGCAGACAGAGAACAACAAGGGCUUCGCACUGGGCAACUUCAACUUCACGCCGGCCGCAGUGCCGUCCCAGGGCGACUCGUAUUUUGGCACCGUCAUGUCGCCCGUCUCGCCAAAGGCCAUGCCGCCACCUGGUGCUUCCACCAGUGCGAAGCAGGGCAAUGACGGAAACCAUGACGACGAGCAUCCGCCCAAGCCUCGGUCGCCAAAGCGCAUGCUGUCCUCCGAAUCCUCAAUGUUCCCGGACCGCCCAAGGAGAAACUCACCAGCCAGCUUCGAGGGCUUUGGUCGCACUGACGCCAUCGCAGAGUUCGCCGAAGACCGCAGCUCACGGGCAUCGUUGCCUCCCAAGACCUCUCAGCACACGUCCAUAUCCAAGCAUCGUGCGGAGACGCUUCCAGCAAACAUCAAGGAGGACGAUGAGACUGAGGGGCCGCACAUGGCGACUGCUCAGCACAUUGUCAACAUACUCGAGUCGUGCGUGGAAGAGGUCCUCCUGCUUGACCUUCGCGUCUCCACCCAGUAUGCAAGGGCUCGCAUAGCUGGUGCCCUCAGCCUGUGCAUACCCACAACACUACUGAAACGGACUUCUUUCAACGUUCAGAAACUGGCCGAGACCUUCAAGGAUGUGGAGUCGCGAGAAAAGUUUGAGCGGUGGAGGAGAAGCAAACACAUCAUAGUAUAUGACUCCAGCUCCUCGCAAAUGAAAGAUGCUGCCACCUGCAUCAAUACACUCAAGAAGUUCACGUCAGAAGGCUGGACAGGUGGCACUUACAUCAUCCGUGGCGGCUUCCAAGAGUUUGCAGAACGAUUUCCAGCUUGGAUUACCCAUCAGGCCUCGAGCAGUCCUAUGACAUCCGCAACUGCCUCUCUACAAAUCGAUUCCGGUCUCCCUGCAGUAGCACCCGUUAUUGGUGGAUGCCCUAUGCCAGUUACUCAGAAUGCAGCCAAUCCCUUUUUUGGCAACAUCCGUCAAAACAUGGACCUCAUCGGCGGUGUUGGCCAAAUGCCUGUCAAGCAUCCUGAAGGUAUGACUCAGUCUGUUGAAGAGGAGCUCCCAGCUUGGCUUCAGAAGGCGUCGGAAGACAAGGACAACGGAAAGACUGUUUCAGAAAGAUUUCUGCAGAUAGAAAAGCGUGAACAGAAGCGUAUGCAGGAGGCUCUCUCUGGCAAAGUCGUUUACGGUACUCCGACGGGGCUUGGUGCCUCAAAGCAGAUCCAGAUCGCGGGUAUCGAGAAGGGUUCCAAGAACCGUUACAACAACAUCUGGCCCUACGAGCACUCUCGAGUCAAGAUACAGGGAGUCGACGAGGGAAGUUGCGACUAUGUCAACGCCAAUCAUGUCCAAGCUGCAUACUCGAACAAGCGCUACAUCGCCACGCAGGGGCCUAUUCCAGCGACCUUCAAGGAUUUCUGGAAAGUCGUGUGGCAGCAAGAUGUCCGCGUCAUCGUUAUGCUGACUGCAGAGCAAGAGGGUGGCCAGAUUAAGGCACAUAACUACUGGUCCGACAAGCAUUACGGCCACCUUCACCUAAACCCUCUUGGCGAGCACAAGGCGUCGUUGGAACCUGCCAAGAUACGCAGCCACCGUCAACAGCCACGGCCAGCUAUGGGUCAACGUCGGUCCACGAACCCUGUCCGUGCAUCGGACUUCAAGAAAGAACCUUCGAACAUUUCGCCUACCUCUGACCAGCCAUAUGUGAUUGUACGACGAUUCACGCUCUCCAACGACGAGGAGCCAUUUGAGCGCAUGCGUGAGAUCACUCAGCUACAAUAUUCCAACUGGCCCGACUUCGGUGCCCCAGCCCACCCGACUCAUCUUCUUGGAUUGAUUGAGCAAUGCGAUGCUGUCGUCCGACACUACAACGGCAGCUCCCCAACCAAGCCAGAAUCCCCAAACAGUCGACCCGUGGUGGUUCAUUGUUCUGCUGGCUGCGGCCGAACAGGUACUUUCUGCACAGUGGACUCCGUUCUAGACAUGCUCAAGCGACAACGACAGGCGAGACAUACCAGGCAGAGCACGCCCAUGGACAUCGACGGUGGCACUAAGACAAAUACCAAAGACAUCCGCGAGAACGGCAGUUGGGUUGGAGACGAUCAAGUCGACCUGAUUGCGAAGACAGUAGAAGACUUCCGGGUUCAGCGUUUGAGCAUGGUACAAAGCCUCCGGCAAUUUGUGCUUUGCUACGAGAGUGUAAUGGAGUGGCUUGUCGAGCAGCAUCCAAAAUCAGCAUAG